AUGCCGUCAACGGCUUUGGCUCUGACGCCGGGCCUGUCGUCUUUCUUGAAAUCGCUGAAGACGAAUCCCAUUGAUACUUCUAUUGAGAACUUAGUCUCGCUACUCAAGCGACGUCAAAUCCGCCAUUCUCGAUCAUGCGCCACAGCAACCGCCUACCUGCUCCUCCGAGUAGUAUCCGCAUGUCGUACUUCCGAGUCCACGAAGCUCAUUGAGCGUGUGCAAAGUGUUGGUAGACGUCUCAUGGCUGCGCAGCCGCGGGAGAUGGUAGUGGGAAAUAUUGUGCGACGAGUCCUCGGUCUCAUUCGUGACGAAGCGGAGGAUGACCGCGAAGCUGAAUUCGCACUCAGUGAAGCUGGAUCAGAGAGCCAGCCUCAGACUCCUCGUGCUUUCGACGAUUCAUCGAUGCCCUUGGAUCGGGAUAUGAUUGGUAUGCGAUCCGAUGGAGACCGAUCCUCACGACCUCCCUUGACGUCCAUGUUCAGCCUUCUUUCUCAUCCAGAGCCUGAAAACUCUCUACCUAGUACUCCCGGCUCCCAAUCUCCGAAUGCGCGUCUGUUCAGCCAUGGUCACCAAAAGGAUGUACGAGCUGAAGUUCUAGAGGGUAUUAACGAGAUCAUCGACGAGUUGGGUCAGGUGGACGACCAGAUCGCAGCUUAUGCGUUAGAUCACAUCCACUCCAACGAGAUUAUCCUUACACACACUUCCUCCACGACAGUACAGAAGUUCCUUCUGAAAGCUGCUGCCAAACGCAAGUUCACCGUCAUCAUUGCCGAAUCUUUUCCGAAUAACCAUGAAGCAACUCAUGCCACUGUAAGUGGUAAUAUUGUUGGUGACGACGAGAAUUUGAGCUUCGAUUCCUUCCAGAAACCCUUGAUCGCUCACGGCAUCACUGUGAUUCUCAUUCCCGACUCGGCUGUCUUUGCGCUUAUGUCCCGUGUCAAUAAAGUCAUUCUGGGUACGCAUUCAGUCCUUGCUAAUGGUGGUCUGGUGGCUGCUGCUGGCACUCGUGUCAUUGCCCGUGCCGCCAAGGUUCACCAGACCCCUGUCGUUGUUGUCAGUGGUGUCUACAAAUUGAGUCCCGUCUAUCCAUUUGACUUCGACUCGCUUAUUGAGUACGGUGACGCUAGCAAGGUUCUGCCUUUUGAGGACGGAGAUCUUGUUGAUAAGAUCGACGUGCAGAACCCCAUUUACGACUAUGUACCAGCAGAGCUGGUUGAUCUUUACAUUACCAAUUUGGGUGGCCAUGCUCCAUCAUAUCUUUACCGCAUUGUGUCUGAUCACUACCGCAAGGAGGAUAUCAGCUUCUAG